AUGGCACACAUCGGUGCUCUCCCCAAGAUCCACCGCUACAUCACCACCCAUAACAAUGACGGCAAAGCCAUCUUCAGCAACGCUUUCGACGAAGAGAGCAAAAUGAAGCCAAACGACGACGGUAUCGCAUUCGCACUCAGCUACACUACCAAAGGCUUCCCGGUCGACCUAGGCAGCGACAAGGACCUCGAUGUAUACAACACAAAUCUGAAAGACGCGCCGGGACUUGUCGUCUCAGGCGGAACAGUGCUCCGUCACGUCGACAUCCCCCCACAAACAGAGUGUAAGAUGCACCGAACUGUUAGCUUGGACUAUGGAUGCGUUCUUGAGGGCGAGGUUGAGCUGCUGCUGGAUAGCGAUGAGAAGCGGAUGAUGAAGCGGGGUGAUGUUGCGAUCCAGAGGGGGACGAUGCAUCAAUGGAUUAAUCACAGCAAGACGGAGUGGGCACGCAUGCUGUUCGUGUUACAGGAGAGCAAGCCAUUGGAGAUUGCGGGACAGAAGUUUGGCGAGGAUUUGGCGGGCAUGCCAGGCGUGCGGUCGUCUGACUGAAC